AUGGCCGCCGCAUUCACUAGAUCUCUACCGGCCGCUGGAAACUUCGCCAACCUCUUGCCGACCGGAACUGCCCUCAUUUACGAAACCCUAAUCCCGUCUUUCUCCAAUGGCGGCGAGUGCGCUGAUAAAUCCGCCAAUAAACUCCUCACCAUUUCCCUCAUCUCCUUCUGCGCCGUCGCAUGCUUCUUGUCCUCCUUCACCGACUCUUUCGUAGGAGAAGACGGCCGCAUUUACUACGGAAUAGCCACCGCUAAGGGUCUCUACAUCCUCAACGACUAUCCGGACGUUGGUUAUGAUCCGGAGUCCGGCUUAACGGGAGACAAGAAACGGAGAUACAAGCUGAGCUUUGUAGAUUUCUUACAUGCUUUCGUGUCGGUGGUCGUGUUCUUGGCGUUAGCCGUUGAGAGUUCGGAUUUUCGGAGGUGUUUGCUCUCGGAGGACGACGGCGACAAUUGGGGUGGCAUUAUGGUAAUUUCGAUUAGGUAUUUUGGGCUUAUGGUGGGGACAGUGGCGAGCUUCUUGUUUGCUUUAUUCCCCACAAAACGGAGAGGCAUCGGAGUUACGGAUAUUCCUUAA